UCUCCGCUGCAGCGGGAGGAGCCCCGGGAGCGCGCUCCGCGGAGCGCGCAGCCCGGUGUGUCGGUGACGGCCAUGGCGGCGGCCUCGCCGCGGGACCCCGGGGACUGGCAGGAUUUCUCCGGCUUCCAGCCCCCCGCAGGGAGCAGCCUCGAGCCGGCCCGGGACGGGGACAGUUGGGGACCCGGAGACCUGGGGGAAAAGCUGCUUCUCUGUUUCAAGCCGCCCCCGCCUCGGGACGGCAGCAGCGAGAGCCGGGUCCCGCCGCGGCCUCUCAGCGAGCAGAGCGCCCUACAGGAAGACGAGAUUUGGAAUGCUUUGACUGAUAAUUAUGGUAAUGUAAUGCCAGUUGAUUGGAAGUCCUCCCACACCAGAGCUUUGCAUAUGCCAACACUGAAUCUCUCAGAAAAAGGGUUAAAUGAAAAUUUUAACCUUGACCUAUCAGAUGAUGAAGAGCUUCGAGAACAGCUGGAUAUGCAUUCUAUCAUAGUUUCCUGCAUCAGUGAUGAACCACUGUUCACAGCAGAGCAGGUGAUUGAAGAAAUAGAGGAAAUGAUGCAGGAAUCGCCUGACCCAGAAGAUGAAGAAACACCCAUGCAGUCAGACCGGCUCUCCAUACUUUCCCAGGAAAUUCAAACACUCAAGAGGUCCAGUACAAACAACAGUUAUGAAGAGAGAGUACAAAAGCUGUCUGUUGCUGAACUAAAUGAACUACUAGAAGAAAUUGAGACUGCCAUUAAGGAUUAUUCUGAGGAGCUGGUACAGCAGUUGGCUCUAAGGGAUGAGCUGGAGUUUGAAAAGGAAGUGAAAAAUAGCUUCAUUUCUGUCCUCAUUGAAGUACAAAACAAACAGAGAGAACACAAAGAAACAAUGAAGAAGAAGAAAAAGCUGAAAAAUGGUAGUCCUCAGAAUGGCAAACAAGAAAGAGGUCAUAUGCCUGGAACACGCUUCAGCAUGGAAGGGAUCUCAAAUGUCAUUCAGAAUGGCUUCCGCCACACGUUUGGAAACUCGGGUGGAGAGAAACAGUACUUAACAACAGUCAUUCCUUAUGAGAAGAAAAGUGGACCCCCCUGUGUUGAAGAUCUACAGACAUUAACCAAAAUUCUUUAUGCUAUGAAAGAGGACAGCGAGAAAGUGCCAAGCUUAUUAACAGACUACAUUUUAAAGGUUCUGUGUCCGACAUGAAAAGUGCUGCUUUACUUCAGAAGUACCCAGGCUCCUUCCUGUGACAAGAAGCUUUCCAGAGAUAGUUCAUAGUAUUUUCUUUCCAUUUGGCACUGUAUCUAAACCUGUAUGUAUUUACUUUCCAUGUCUGUUUGGAUUUUUGGAUCAUACAGUAGGCCUUUUGGGCAUGAUGAUAGAACUUACACGCUUUUCAUUUGAUGGUGCAAUGUGCUUGAGCAUAGAACAAACAUUGUACAGUUUUACUCACAAGCUUUGGUUUGGCUUUUUAAAAUCUUUUACACAUUGUGUAACAUAGUAAUCCCUCCCACAUAUUUCAUUGUUGGGGAAAGAAAACUAAAUUUUAAAUACUGUAAAUAAAAUAAGCCUAUAAUUUUAACUAAUCUGCAGUGUAAAAAAAAACAAAACACCUCUGUUCUUAUAUCAAACUUGCAAAAGGGAUCAUAGCCAAGCCUGCACUGAAGAAUUCCAUUGAAGUUCUUCAGUGGACAUUCCAAAACAGUGAUAGUGGAAACUGGCACUGAACACUUUUUUUUAAAAAAAGCAGUAAUUCAGAUUAAAACUAUAAUACUGUAUUGUUCAGACAUUGAACAGAUAUUCUGAUGCUCUUCACGAGGAAGAAUCAGUGUCUCUGCUCCCUUUACUUGCUACCUGAUUUACAUAAACUUCAAAAUAUUAGAUGAUAAUUCUUCAUCACUCUUAUUUUCUAUUGGUUCAGUUUUUAAUAAUUAAUGUCUGUUGAGACCUGGUAUGUUCCCUCAUUAUUGCUAUCAUUUUAGUACUCAUGGUAAAUAUUUGGAUAAUAUUUUAUAGGCCGCAGUAUUAAACAAAUAUUUUAAGAUGCUCAGUGUCCUUUAAUUAUGUGUAGUGUUUGAGAAAUGGUCAUUCUCAUUUCCAAGACUGUUACGUUGAAACUUUCAUUACCAUGUACUUAUAAGGCAUCCUACAGAUCUGGCUCUUGUAACUCCCUGUCUGUAAUGAUGUUAGACCUGUACCUAGAUGUCAUUGAUGGGGAACAUAUUUUAUAAAUCAUAUUAAAUAUCUUUUCUAGUCUUAGAGCAAGUCCAGUGGUGUGAAAAGAGAAGUAAAUGCCAGUAGAAAGAAAGUAACUGUUUUUAGGUUUGAUUCCAUAUUUAUUAUAUAUAUUUAUACUAUAGAAGCCCCCAGAGCCAGCCAUGGUACAAAUACAUAGGCAGAUACAAUCCCAAAGAGCUUAUAAUCAAAAUUUUUUCUCAAGAAUUUGCUUCUGUUCCUUUAUCUUAAAAUCUUAGUGAUGAAGAAUCUGUUCUAGAAUAAUUUUCACAAUGUAAUACUUUUAAGAAUCUGCUUAUUAGUAGCAGAUACUACCAGUUCUUCCACUUGAUUAGCAGAGCACAUCAAUUAAGAACUUGGCACUCAGUAAUGCAGUUUUCCUUCUGGAUUCAGUUACAGUAUUAUAAUUGAACUUCAGUAUUAUGUGUCCAUUGUGCCUGUCUUUUUUCCCCCCCCCCAGAAUAUUCAGAACUCAGAAUCUAUAGCCAUUACACUGCUUGGUCAGCAGUGGACAACCUGCUUGAGCAGGAUGAUGUCUAAGUAUUAUUUCACCUGUCAAUGAGAUGCUCCUUUUGAUCUGCUUAAAUGGUUAUGUUUCUGUGAAGAGAGUCUUGCCUGUAUUAUUCUUUUUCUUUAAUAGUUCUUCUAUAAAGAAAAAUAUUGUUUCCUCUGCUGAUAUGUUGUGAAUUCAACAUGGCAUUCCUUGUGGUU